GCGCGCGAUCGGAGCAGCAUGUGUUGAAUUAACGCGAGUUCUUCCGCGGGACCGCGCGCCAUCUCCGAUUUGUCGCGCGUGCUUUUCUUCGCGCGACACGCUCGCCGGGACGCGGACGGAUUAACGGUCCGGAACGCGGAAAAAACGCGCGGCUGUGUUUUGCCUCGACGAGCCGCGAGAUCUGUCUCGACGGGCCGCGAGAUCUGCCUCGACGGGCCGCGAGAUCUGCCUCGUCGAGCUAUCUAUCCGUGUCGCUGAAUAGUACGAAGAUCUUCUGAUCGUCCUUGGAUCAUCACCUGUCGCCUUCGACCGCGAACACGCCCGGGGGUUGGGCGCCCGUUGCCCCGGCUCGGUCGCCUGUGAAGUUCGGUGCCGCGCGACCUCGGUGAUUUCGAUGACCGCGCAGGACGCGUCGACUCCCAAGCGUCUCUCCCAGUGACCGACUUUGGAUUAGUGACUCGCCCGAUGGAUACGGUUUUGGACACGCUGCCGACCCCUUGAAGGUGGCGAUCCGGCCGGGGGGAGCAACAUGGCGCGGCGAUGCGUCGCCGGUAAUCGAUACCCCGAGGAAAUCGAUUCGAUGGAAAGUCGAGCCAGGCCGGGUUCGGUUCACGUUCGAGACCGACUCGCGGACCAUCGAAUCGGGUGAAGGCCGCCACGAAAAACCGUUUCUCGCGGCGGUUCUUGCGGCGAGCCGUGCUGGAUCCGGAUCGAUCCUCUCGAUCCCCGGCUCCAAUUUCGGGAAUUACGAUGCCGUGUUCGGCUUGGAUUCGUGCCACGUAGCCCGGAGACGAUCGCCGUAGCGCUGGGAGAACCGAGAGAACCACCGUUGGCUCGGGGAUGCUGUUGCUGCCGAGGAGCAGACCCCUGAUCGAUUCAAUUAACAGAAGACAGGGAGAGUCGCGGCAGAAAAACACGAGGCUGGGUUGUACCCCGGAGAUUCGGACGACGAUUCUCGUCGAUGAUUCGUCGGAGGGGCUCGUUGAUCAGGACGACCGAGACAGUUUCGUUGCCGGAGGAGGCCCUGGAAUCAGGGUGUCAAGUGUCUUUUGAGAUUCAAGGCUAAAGCAGCAGAUGCCACUCCGAGCAGCGAAGUGCGAGUUACCGAAUCAACAGUCCCGCACGCGGAACAGCGGAGCCAAGCGACCGCGUCCGAGAGGGUUAAACAUCGAAUCGUGGCGGCGGUGGCGGCAGCGACACGGGUAAUUAACGGGGCCGGCCAGGAGAUAGAUCGAGGGUUAAAAGGAGGAGGAGGAGGAGGAGGAGGCUUCGACGUUUCCUGGCCGAUUAGAGACGAUUUCCCGGGGCACACGGCCAGGAUUAAUAUGUGCUUUGGACGAGUGCCGCGGGCUGGAAGUUGCGAGACAGCCGAGAACUCCGACGACAGCUGUCGAAAGGAACCAGAGGGGAUCGAGGAGGAGCUGCUCGGCUGCCCGGGCAGCCUGUCCUAUCCCGCGGGAAUGGGUAUGCUUCUACCGGACGAGACGUACGAGGAACGGUCCUCGUCCUCGAGGCGCAGCUCCUGCCCGAACGUCCUCGACGACAUCGACGAGGUCGAGGCCGCCAAGGCUCUGGCCGCGUUCAAAAAGUGCGACGAGUUCCUCAAGAGGCACGGCAUCAGGCCCGAGUUCUUCUGCAGGCACAGGGAGAGGAUCGCGCUACAGACAUGGCUGCUGCAGAGGUCCAAGUUGUCGUCCGAUGCCUCGUCCUCGAACGAAGCGGUGCACCUACAGCAGCGUCUGAGGAGCCUGAGCACGGAACUGGUGACCCUGAGGAACCGGCUGCACGUCAGCCAGCCGCCGAACAACAAUUCAGGGCCGAACGGGGCGAACGGGGCCCCCCUGUCCAAGAGCCCGGAAAAGGGAUGCGUGCCGUCGUCCCCCGCGCCCGCGGUCCCCCCGCGGACCACGCUGCCGCUCGCGGCCACGUUGCCGCACGGCCUGGGCCAUCCUUCGGGGCACACGCUGACCGCAUCGGCGAUCGUUCAUCCACACGUGAACCACGCCGCCGCGAACGCUCUCGGACACAACUCCAACGCAGCGAAUAAUUUAAUAUCCGACUUGGACCCCCCGAAACGCCAUAAUGGGAUCCCGGACGACAGUAUAGUGUCCUGCGUGACGGCCUUAGGCUGUUUGCGAUCGCCGCCGAUCUCGAGCAUCAUCGCGGACGUGAAGAACGCGAAGAACAAUCAGGGCCAGCAUCGAUGUCUCCCGAAGGGGACCACGGCCUCAUCGGGGCCCGCGACCUCCACGACCUUGGACGACCUGAUUCACCUGCCUGGCCCCCUGACGGAGGACGCGGUGCUCAAGUGUCUUCAGGCGCGGUUCUGCGCGAAGCAGUAUCAUACGAACGUGGGCCCCAUUCUGGUCUGUAUCAAUCCUUAUACGGACGUCGGGAAUCCAUUGACCUUAACGAGCACCAGGGCCGUACCACUGGCGCCCCAGCUGAACAAAGUCGUCCAGGAGGCUGUGCGCCAGCAGUCGGAGACCGGCUAUCCGCAAGCGAUCAUUCUUUCCGGGACGAGCGGCUCGGGGAAAACCUAUGCCUCCAUGCUGUUGCUGAGGCAGCUGUUCGACGUUGCCGGGGGUGGUCCCGAGACCGACGCCUUCAAACACUUGGCCGCCGCCUUCACCGUGCUCAGGUCCCUGGGCUCGGCGAAGACCGCCACCAACUCGGAGAGCUCUAGGAUAGGUCACUUCAUCGAGGUCCAAGUGACGGACGGCGCUUUGUACAGAACGAAGAUCCAUUGCUACUUUCUAGACCAGACGAGGGUCAUCAGGCCUCUGCCCGACGAGAAGAACUAUCAUAUUUUCUAUCAGAUGCUGGCCGGCCUGUCGAACGAGGAACGUGUGAAACUAAACCUGGAGGGUUACAACUUGAAGAAUCUGAGGUAUCUCCAACAUGGCGACACCAGGCAGGACGAGGCGGAGGAUGCCAUCAGGUUUCAAGCUUGGAAGGCAUGUCUAGGGGUGCUAGGAAUUCCGUUCCUGGACGUGGUCCGAGUCCUGGCAGCGGUGCUGAUCCUGGGCAACGUGGGCUUCACGGAUCGUCCAGGUGUGGAGGUCGGUGUGAUCGGCGAAAAUGAACUGGCCUCGGUGGCCGCCCUCCUCGGAGUCCCUCCGCCGGCUCUGCUGCGAGGUCUCACCUCCAGGACCCACAACGCCCGUGGACAGCUGGUGAAGUCGGUCUGCGACGCGAAUAUGUCUAACAUGACCAGGGACUCGCUGGCGAAAGCGCUCUACUGCCGCACCGUGGCCACCAUCGUCCGGAGAGCCAACAGUCUGAAGAGAUUAGGCUCGACCCUUGGCACCCUGUCCUCCGACUCGAACGAGUCCGUGCACAACCAGGCCGAAGUGACCAGCCAGCAUGCGUCGACCAUCGGCAGCUCGGCAGGUGGCACCGGCUCCAGGAGCAUGACGGCGCUGAACAACGCGGUGAGACACGCCACGGACGGGUUCAUCGGUAUCCUGGACAUGUUCGGGUUCGAGGACCCGAAGCCCAGCCAGCUGGAGCACCUGUGCAUCAAUCUCUGCGCGGAGACGAUGCAGCAUUUCUACAACACCCACAUCUUCAAGAGCUCGAUCGAGAGCUGCCGCGACGAGGGCAUCCGGUGCGACGUGGAGGUCGACUACGUCGACAAUGUGCCAUGCAUCGAUCUUAUUUCCUCCCUGCGCACCGGACUGUUGAGCAUGCUGGACGUCGAGUGCUCCAUCCGAGGCACCGCCGAGAGCUACGUCGCCAAAGUGAAGGUUCAGCACAAACAGAAUCCCCGGCUUUUCGAGCCUAGGACCGUCGACUGUAGAUCCUUCGGGAUCCAACACUUUGCGGGGAGAGUGACUUACGACGCGUCCGAUUUCCUCGACACGAACAAGGACGUGGUGCCGGACGACCUAGUAGCAGUGUUCUACAAGCACACCUGCAGCUUCGGCUUCGCGACCCACCUGUUCGGCAGCGAGCUGAAAGCGUUGUACGCGAGCGACACGGUGCCCAGAGGCGUCAGCUUCCGGAUAUCGCCGACCUCCCACACGGACCUUUUGAACGGGGACGAGCCAAUCUCCACGUUGACUCAGGACUUCCACACGCGGCUGGAUAAUCUCCUGAGAACUCUCGUCCACGCCAGGCCCCACUUUGUCAGGUGCAUUAGAAGCAACGGCACAGAAACCCCGCUGCACCUAGACAGAGGCGUGACUAUGCGUCAGAUACGAUCCCUUCAAGUUCUCGAGACAGUAAAUCUAAUGGCCGGCGGAUAUCCCCAUCGAAUGCGUUUCAAGGCGUUCAACGCCAGGUACAGACUGAUUGCGCCUUUCAAGCAGCUGCGCCGGGCAGAGGAGCAAGCCGUCGAGGACACCAAGCUCAUCCUUCAGAAUGCUCAACAGUUGAAGAGCAAAUUCGGCGCUAGCACCAGUUGGGCGUUAGGCAAAAGGCACAUAUUCCUCAGCGAAGGCAUUAGGCAGCAACUCGAGAAUCUCAGAUCGGAGACCAGGAGAAAGGCUGCCACUGCGAUACAGGCGACGUGGAGAGGCUGGAGGGUGCGCAGGAGAUGGCCGCUGCGGAAGACGGCGCUCGGCGUGACUUCCGGUUUGGGUCAGAAGAAGCCGCAGCAACCGACAUCUGGGAACACCGGAACAGUUCAGAGGAGCGUGACGACUUCCGGCGGCACAGGAACCGGGACCAGACCGAGGCCGCAGCCAAUCGCUGGCACACCGCCUCCGGAUCCCUCGGAGAAGUGCGCGGAUCAGAAGAUGAUCCAGCAAACGUGCACCCUAUUCGGUCUGGAUUUGGAACGACCGCCGCCAGUGCCGCCUAGCAGAAGCUACACGGUAACAGGUAACACGAAAUUGGGCUACCCGCAGACGAGGAUCAUGAAGAUGCCGUUUCCAGAAGAGGGCGAGGGAGAGGUGGUGCUGUUGAAAGGCGAGACGGUUCUAGUGAUAGGGGCGUCACCCAGCCGAGGUCACCUGCUUGUGGAGCACAACAACACUACUUUGCACGUCCCUUAUCAGUUCAUGGAACUGAAGCCCUGUAAUAUCAACGUCUGAACGCGUUAUUUAUUCCGUGUCUGAUUAUACAUAAAUAUUUCCUCCCCUGCUCCGAGCAGUGGAGGGAGGAGGAGCGAGAGCGGGGGUGGUGGUAAACGAGAGUAGAAACAACCAGCCCCGCCAUAUCGUCUCUAAUUAGUCCGAAUGAAGUCUGAUAUUGUGAGAAUAACACCGGGGAAACACCCGGAAUAAAGUUCGGGCGCAAGAUAUACCCGGGUAGGGAAUGGUCGGCGAUUAAAUGGGAAACAAAAAGCGGGGGUGGGAUUAAGGCGGGCGGCCGGUGCUCCACAGGACACUGAACUUCGUCCUUUAAUUAAUUACACCGGCCGUUAAGCGAGUUUAACGCGGAAGUCACUACGCCGGUGCUUAUCGCUCGUUUGAGACGCUGCGCGCCCGCUGAAACCACCCCCUCUUCUCUGCGCCCGGUGCCGCCACCCUCUGCGAGUCACGUUCGUCUUCCAUGUAGAUAAGUACACGCCACGCGCGUUCUCGAAUUAGUAAGCAUGUUAGCCGGUAAACGUCAGCGAGUCUGCGUCUGUUGGAGGCCAGCGUUCGAGACUUUUCCAAGCUUCUCGUUAAUGUUGCUCGUAAAAGUUCACCGGCGCGUUCUACUCUGUCUUCUCGAUUAAUUGCUAGCGAAAGUACGUCUUUGUUGUUCGGUAUUAUGCAGUCCGUACGAUCCGUACAGUUGGUCACGGCGUUUCAGCGUUCCAUGGAACUAAUUUUUCAACACCUUUAACGCGGACUUUGCGCACAAUUUCUGCGACAAAUAUUUCUGUAAUUUCAAGGCACUUAAUCCGGCUGUACGAUAAAUUGCAUUUUCUGUUUCUAAUUUAUUUGUGAAAUAUCAACGAAAUCGACUAAUGUGAGGAACAACGCAACGACUUCGAUCUCCGUCCGAUUUCAAUCUUCGAAUCUCUUUUUGGUUUCUUAAAUGUAAUCGACGUUCGUUGACUCUUCUGGCUAUGUAUUUUCAUGUCGUUCAAAUUCGUAAAAAUUACUGCGUUCUCGUAGAACGAAAAGAGAAUUCGAUCCGACAAUGCAGAACCUGCGCCGGUCGACCGAGACAGGGUUCAAGUCUCGAACGCUGCGGACAAAGUCCACGAGAGCCAAUGUAUAGAGAAUUCACCGUGGCCCAGGGGUCGUCGCUCGAACUCCGAUGAUCCGGGGACACCCGCAAUGUAUAAACGCAGUGUAUAAACAAUAUUCGCGGACGUUCUCGGAGGGGGAGGGGAGAGACUCUCGAGUAAGCGGUAACUUUAUUGCGUCUAUGAAGAAAGUUGUGUCGGGAACGAGAUCGAGAGAGCUCGGAAUGGUUGAACGAUAUUUACCAACAGUAUUCCUUCGUCUAUCUUUGAAUUCUUAGUGCCAAUUUCUAGAAUGAAAUCUGUCGCUACGCCGCGGCUUAAUAACGCGGCUGAUCCUCCCUGCCUCCUAAAAACUUCGUCAACCGUCAAAUAAACGGCGACGUUGUCGGGACGGUUCUUCCGAAUCUUCGACCACACUUUGCUUCACCGGAAGUUAUUCACGGCAUCGUGAAACCGGUUCUAGAAACGAAUAUUAAACCGUUCGCGAUAUUCCGUCGCGGGAAUCGUAUUCCGAAUUUUCGCGAGACGAUAGGGAAAUAUCUUCCGAAUAUUUAGCGAAUCGUAUUAGAAAUUUGUUGGGUUAUAAGGGGCUAUAAAAGGGGUGGUUUCGAUAUAAUUGCGCUCCGAUAUAAUUGUUCACAGAUCCGUGGAUCGUUAAUCUGAAGCUUCGCAGUCUCGGGUUUUCAUUCGAUGCUCGAAAAUAUUUUCCAAACAUCUGAUGGAAAGCUGUUAAAAAUUUCUGAAAAUUCGGAACGUCUUUCCGAGUCUCAGAGCGUUCGAAUAAAAUUCUCUUUCGAAUCCAGCUUCGUCUCUUAUAGGAAAAUAUCUUCUGAAUAUUUAGCGAAUUGUAUUAGAAAUUUUUUGAGCUAAAAAGGGGGUGGUUUCGCGACCCUCCUACGCUCCGAUAUAAUUGUUCACAGAUCCGUGGAUCGUUAAUCUAAAGCUUCGCAGUCUCGGGUUUUCAUUCGAUGCUCGAAAAUAUUUUCCAAACAUCCGCUCGAAAUCUUUUAAAAAUUUCCGAAAAUUAGGGAACGUCUUUCCGAGUCUCGGAGCGUUCGAAUAAAAUUCUUAUCGCUCCAAUGUGAAACCAGAAAAGAACGGAUCGACGGGAUCGCUCGCUCGCGCGCAAACGAUUUAAUUGGGAAACAAUUGCGUUCUCGCGUCGCCGAAAGAAAUAUUUAUGAAACGGGGUGCAAGAAAUUCGCUGCACGAGCUCGUAUAAUAAUGCUUGGACCGUUAUCGGGUCGAUGCGACCGGCCGAAAAUAAAUUCGUGAGAAAUCCGUGCGGGAUUUCCGUUCGGUAAAAUUGAAAUAAACCGAUCGAUUUGUCACAGCCGGGCGAUGGCGGCCGCCCGUAAUGGCGGCGCAGGGCCGCCGGAAGAUUAGGUUCAGGCUUCUCGGGAUAAGGCAGUCAAAGUGUCGGAAGAAGUGACGGACAGUUUCCGGGAGGUAUUACAUGUAGAUAUUGUAUUCGAGAGAUAUUAUAUUACGCUGCGGGGGGAUGGUCGGUCGGUUAUUUCGCCGCGCGGCAACCUGUAUUAUAUUAGAUAUCGCGAGGCAGCGUCGACAGUAGCUCUAGAGGAUAGUCCCCUAAUCGACAUUAUGCUAUCAUUCUACUCCGCGAUAAUCGUAACGCAACUGUUCUAACAGCGACUCGGGGUGAGGUAGGACACGACCGCUUUGUAGAUACACGAAACUCGUUCAGUUUGAAACGAUAAGCGUCCGUCGAGAGAGAGAGAGAGAGAGAGAGAGAGAGAGAGAAAUUGUGAGAAUGUGAGAGAGAGUGAGAGAGAGAGAGAGAGAGAACUCGCCCUAGAAACUCUCGAGAGCACAGCGUCUCGAGGACUGUACAUACGAGUAUGUAUGCCGAUGUUACGCGGUUUACGGAUACCGGAAGCUGAGAACCGAGGCGUAUAGGUAGCUGUAACCGCGUCGAGAACUUUUCGAAUAAAAUGUAAGCGUCUUUGGAUAUGA